AUGGCUGAAGCACCUGUUGCUAUUCCCCCGGACGUUUUGGAAGCCGCUAGGCCGGCUGCGGCUGCCGCUACUGAAGCUCCUAUUGCUGGCGAUAAUCCUGCGCCACCCGCUGAAGAGGUAAGCUGGUUUCUUUCGUUUCUUAGCGUUGUUCCUGCUCCCUCCGUAGUUCGCUCAUUUUUCGUAGAGCUGUAGUUUAGUCUAGGUUGUUUUGGUGUGUCUCUUGAAUGUUUCUCGCUCUGCAAUCUUCGGCAUGUGUUUCCCCUUGGGUUAGCUUCAAGUUCAUAACAUGUUUUGGUCUGCAAGACAGCUCUCUUAGCGUGUGUCGCCUUUUGAGUUAGCUUUCAGCUAGGGCGUGUGUCGCCUUUAGGUUAGGUUUUAUGGCGUGUGUCACCCUGAAGUUAGUUUCAUGGCGAAUGUCGCCUUUUCAAGUUGGUUUCAUGGCGUGUGUCGCCCUCAGGUUAGUUUUCACGGCGUUUUGUCAAGUUUGUUCUACGGCAUGUAGUCCGAAGUUUAUUUUCAUGGCAUUUGUCGCCUUGUUUCUUACGCCGUGUGUCACCUCUCAAGUUAGUUUCAUGGCGUAUGUCGCCUUUCAAGUUGGUUUCAUGGCGUGUGUCGCCCUCAAGUUAGUUUCCACAGCAUUUUGUCAAGUUUGUUUUACGGCGUGUAGUCUGAAAUUUAUUUUCAUGGCAUACGUUGCCUUAUUUUUUACGGCGUUUGUCGCCUCUCAAAUUAGUUUCAUGGCGUGUGUCGCCCUCAAGUUAGUUUUUGCGGCGUUUUGUACUAAAGUUUGUUUUCAAGGUGUGUAGUCUAAGAUUUAUUUUCUUGGCAUAUGUCGCCUUGGUUCUUAUGGCGUGUGUCGCUUUUCAAGUUGCUUCUCACGGUACGUGUCAUCUUCAAACAAUUUAGUUUUCUUGGCGUAUCCCGUUUUUAAGUCAGUUUUUGUGGCGUGUGUGGGCCUGCCUGUUAGUCCUCUCGUUAUCUUUAGUUUUUUCAUGUUUGCUCCGUGUCGUCGGUCGCCGUCUUACGCCGGUCUUAUUUUUAAAGUGUGGCCUUUUUAGGUUAGUAUUCAUGGCGAGUUGCUUUUAUGGGUGUCUUCGCUGUUAGCGUGUCAUUCUGUUCCUUUUUCUGUUUAUAUCUCAUUUUCAUACUCCAUCGAGCGUGUUUUUUCUGCAUCCCUCCUAUAUCAUGUUCUGGAAUCUACCGCUUUGAAAGUUUGUUUACGCUCAUAUUUUAUCUCUCUCAACGGGUUACAGUCAGAGAGAUUUUCCUCUCUGUUUUUCUUCGUUUAUCUUUGUAUUGUAGUACGCUUUGCUCUUAAGCAUGUUAAGGCGUGGCUCAAUUUUUGGUCUCGACCCCCCGCGAAGAUAAACUUGUUUUUCUUCUACGACCACGCAUUUUAGUUCUACAAGUUGCAAAAAACCUUCGAGAAACCUUCUUUCGAGGCUUUGAAUCACGUUAACGUGACGUGAUAAUGAUAUUCAAAAGAAUUUCAAAAUGGAGUAGGAAUGGUUGAUUACAACUAAGUUUAAACCAUGUGUAAAUGUUUGUUUUACCGUACGAAUUUUUUCUGGGGCCGGAACAGGAGAAUUUUAAUUUCUUUAAAACAUAUUAACAGGUGAAUAGCGUCACGUGACCUAUUUUGCUUUAUUACUAAUUAAAUUAACACGGGAGUCAACCAUUCCAGCCAGAUUCAAGCGAGAAAUGAUGAUACAAUAGCAAAAAUACUGUAUUUAAUAUAUACUAUGUGGCAUUUCGCUACGCCGAUUUUAGUUUCCUUUUCUUUCCUGGACUCGACAGUAAGUGGUCACGUUACACAGAUAUCUAUUUCUUACGUUACCUAAAAAUUAAUGUUACCCGUUUUUUCCGAGGUUGCUAAAUUUUGGAAGGUUCUGAUAAAUUUUCAAAAAGUUAUCACCCUUACAGGAUUUUAUGUAAAUUAGCCUCAGGCCAUGCCUUAAUAUGCUUGAGUUGUUGUUUUCUACUAUAGUUUCUUUUGAAGCGCCAAUCGUUUGCAUUCGCACAACUGCACGUUUCAUAAUUUUAUGAUCAAGUUUCUUGUGGUUGGUUGUAUUGUUCGCCAGUCUUAAUUUUAUUUUAAAACUCUUUCGUUAGGCUGAGAUGACCGUUAGAGAACUCCAAAAUGAGCUACUGGAACUUAAAAGGUCCUCUGCCUCUAAUACUGUUGCGGCGGCUCUCUUGUCACUACAGCAGGAACUCGCAAAGCCGCCGCCGGUGUUUGAUCCUUAUAGAGCUCUGGCAGGACUCAAGUCUUUGGUGGAUUUAGCUCGGGACAAAGCGGAUGCCAGAACCAAA